AAAAAAAAAAAAAAAAAAAAACACUUAACAGAUGGACGAGAAUAAUGCAUAUUUAUAUUAUCCAUCACCUUGUGAUUAGGAGUGGAAAAUUCUUCAGGAGUCGAUCGAGAUCUGAAAAGCUAAAAUCAGGGCAUGCCAUUUGAUUUGUUAACGAGUAUCACUCAGUUGAAAAUUGAAAUCCGAAGAAAGAAAUGAAAACGGAAGGUCCCUUUUUGUUUGAGUGAGAAAGAGUUUAACACAUUGUUGGUCAGUCUUCUCUAAGUUUAACAAUUGCUGUCAGAGUCCCUCUCCCAUCCCAUUUUUCUUAUUUCUUGGUUCUUUUCAGAUUCUGUAUUCCCAACUUUCCAAUGGAGGAAUUGAAUGACGACUCGCCUGCUUCUUUUUCAUGGUGGUCUGGUAGCCAUAAUCGUCCCCAUCAAUCGCCAUGGCUUCAAGCCACUCUGUCAGAUUUGGAUGAUAAGAUUAAAACAAUGGUAAAUAUUAUACAGGACGAUGGAGAUUCAUUUGCAGAGAGAGCUCAUGCGUUCUACAAGAGAAGACAUGAGCUUUUAAAGAUAUUGCUGGACUUGCACUCGUCAUAUUGUUCUUUAGCUGAAAAGUACGACCAGCUGAGAUAUGCAGUCAGGGAUUUGUCGAACGAGCCAAUAAUUUCAAAUAACAAAGAAAGCAACAAUUUGAAGAUGGAAGAAGAUAAAGAUGAAAAUUUGAACGGAAAGAGUAAUCUCCAAACGUGGAGCCAAAUGAUGGUAAAGGGAUCGGAACUUAUCGAGGAUAAUCUGAGGCAACAGUUUGAGCUAAUAAAAAGAAAUGAUGAAAACAGGGAAGUGAUAAAACAACUGCGUGACCAAGUCACUAGAUUAAUGGAACAGAACAGAGCAUUGGAUUGCUGUCUUCAGAGUUAUAAAGAGCAGGAGAUGAAAGGAAGCGAAUCUCGCGUCUCCAAGCUCAAGAGCCUCAGUUGCAUUGCCAAGUUUAAUACCUUAUAAUCAUUUAUUAACUACCUAGUGCUCUUCCUUCUUCACCUGUUUCGUUUUUGUUUUUUGUUUCCUUUUUCCAUAUAUGUCAGGGUUGAUGAAAAUUGUUUGCUAUCAUUUAUUGCUCCCGCAUUGGAAUUUCAAAGUGUUCAGUGCGA